GGUUGCUAAAAAAACACUAUUUGUCCUUAAUAAACAUAUAUAAUGAUGAUCAGAAACAAGAUAAUGAUGAUCAAGGUACUGCAAGCAACAAUUUUGCUUUCGAAAAGAAAAAGAUAUGCCCCAGCCCUUCUGAAGCGUAACGGAGUGGAUAAGAAACUCAGAAGCAAAAUCGAUGGCUGCACAAGAAACAGGGUUUCUUUGAGAUUAGCAAAGCCAAUCCUGUUAGGGGAGCUGGAGAAGGAAGCCAUCUGCGUAUUCUCACCAUUGUGCCUCCAAAUUUCACUGGGCACGAGCGGUUCCGUGUCGUCUUCCUCUGUUAAAGAUGUGUUCCAAAGUUUCGUCAAAUUCUCGACCACUGAUGAUAUCUGCUUCUUUGCUAAAAGAUGCAUCGAAUCUGUACUUGCUGAUGGCAGCCCGUUGGAUGGCCCUUUCUUGUCCUGUGCUUUCUCUGUCUGGAUUGAUGACCCUAUGGGGCCUAUUAUUCCGGAGUUCGACGGGUGUAUCCGUCAUUAUUUUCGGGCUCCUGCCAAACUAGCUAUUUUCCAAAACAAGCCCGUCGAGGCGGCCAGCGUAGUGAAUGCCUGGUUUGAAAAAAGAACAAAAAGGCCUCAUCAAAGAUAUUCUUUCGCCGGAUGCCCUCAACAAAUCAACGAGAAUAAUUCUAGCAAACGCGUUUUACCUCAAAGGAGCUUGGGGCUGCAAGUUUGUUAAAUCACGGACUAAAGAACACGAGUUUUACCUCUUGAAUGGCAGCGUGGUUAAGGCCCCUUUCAUGACCAGCGGGGAUCGCCAGUAUAUCCGGGCUUAUGAUGGUUUCAAAGUGUUGCGCCUCCCUUUCGCACAAGGCAGAGAUAACGAGAGACAUUUCUCCAUGUAUUGGUAUCUUCCUGAUGAUUCCAAUCACGUUGGGUUGAAUGAUUUGGUGCAAAAACCCACUUCUGCACCUUCUUUUAUAGAGUCUCAUAUACCGCAUAUCAAAGUUAGAGUAGGCAACCUCCUCAUUCCAAAGUUGAAGAUGCCGUUUCAAUUUGAGGCUUCGAGCAUUCUAAGAGGUUUGGGGUUCAAAUCGCCUUUUAAGAAGCAUUACGGGUUCACCGACAUGGUAGGUCGAAAAGGUAUACGCGCGCUUCGUAUUUCGAACGUUGUCCAAAAAUGUUACAUUGAAGUUGAUGAAGAAGGUGCCGAUCAACCUGCUGCUGCUGCUGCUGCUGCAAGUAAAGUCAUCAUAUUUCCAAAGUCUAAUGUGGCAGCUGCACCAAAAAAAGUUCAAAAGCGCAGGAUAGACUUUGUUGCUGAUCACCCGUUUCUUUUCGUUAUAAGAGAAGAUGUGCGGUGGAGUAGUGGUAUUCAUGGGCAGCGUCCUUAA